GGAAGGUCGUGGGGUACAGCUUUUGAGGUCCGCGGUAACAAGGAAGUAAUGGACGCACUGCACCACUUGAAUGUUCGUGAAAGCGUCCUUGGGGGAUACGACGUCCGUUUCGUCGAUUUCAAACUUAAAGACAGUUGCGAAUGCUUGACCGUGCUCGUGUUCAUAGCUACCCCGGAUAAUCCACAUUACAUGGGACCCGCCCCUCUCUCAACUAUGGCCAUUGAAAUCGCCAAGGCCCGUGGACAGAGUGGACUUAACAGCGAAUACGUCUUCAAGCUGGCCGAUUACAUGCGGAGAACAUUCCCCGACGUUGUCGACGAGCACCUAUUCCUGUUAGAAUCGUUGGUUCAGGAUUAUCUGCAGUACGGUUGUAAACAAUGCCAAGUAGAGGAUAGGACGUUCGAAAGACAACUCUGCGAUUACCAAGAACACGGUGAAAAUGUGCUCGUCACAGGUGCUUCCCGGUGAUGACCCCACCACUUCAAUAAAUCAGUCCGCUUACAUUAUUAGCCAGGGCACAGUCCCUCCAUAACUGCGAGGGGGACAGUGGUUUUCCGCGAUAACAACCAAACAAUUAUAAUUUUAGAUUUAUGAAACAUUUACAUAUAUACCAAGCUACUUUUAAGUUACGUUGUGCUUCCAGUGAUUCCAGGUGAUUUAUCAUUUUAAUUUCAAGAUUUAGAUUAGACCAUGUACAUUUAUGUGUAUAAUUAAAAUUAAUGGUUAUUUUGAAUAA